GGCUCUCAUGGAAGCACAUGAGGCGCUCGAUCGACUCACUCAAAGAGGCAUCCUUGGCAAGUCUUUGCUCAGAGGCAGAGACCGAAGACAAUUGCAAGGAGUUACCCUUGGUAUUGACAGGGAAUUUGAUUCUUUCAUGGUAUACAGAACCUUUUUUGAUUACGGACACCAUGCUGACACUAUACCAUACUCCUGUAUGUCCGUAUAUGCGUGUUGGAACACCUGCUUACAGCUCCGUUCUACGACCAACAGCCGACUACGCACCCGCACGACCAAUGUCUCCAUCCCCGACCCACAACGCGUCUUUUCUCGCCCAACAAUCUCAGUACACGUAUUGCUGGCCAGGAACACGAUCCACGCUCCUGGAUGACAUGGACCAUUGGGCAGAAACUUCCACUUCUGACAAUUCCCUGGUCUACUGGCUUGCCGAUGUAGCCGGCUCUGGAAAGUCCACGAUAGCGCAAAGUUUGGCAGAUGAUUGGCGAGACCGCAAGAUCCUUGGGGGUCACCACGAUUUUGCACUUCGCCUAAAACGAUUCGACUACGACUUUAUCCCGGAAAUGUUCGAGUCGUGGUCGAAUCAAUUGGCUGCCACCUUUCCCGAGAGAGCUGGCCCAAUAAACCAGGCUCGCGAAGAAUUGAAGAGUUCAAGCGUGGAGUUGAACUGGUCCUUUGAGGACUAUCUCCGAUUCCUCGUCCUCCAGCCACUCAGCAAUUUGCAGAGGGCGCACCAUGGAUUGUCUCCUCAGGCAAAGAUUGUCUUCAUCCUUGAUUCGCUGGACGAGUGUCCGCCGGACAUUUGCGCAAAGAUCGUCCAAGGGCUCAAGAUUGUCAAUGCAAGCCAUGGGGUCAAGUUUCUUCUUAUCAGCAGAGUGUAUCCUGGUAACCAUGAAUCCGACCUCACCACCGAAAUUCUGCAGCUUCCCAGUGUCACCAGAG